GGAAAAACGAUCUUACUGCACCUUGUCGAGCUUCUUUAUAUCUUGCGCAGAUCUUGAAUUUAUCGAAUUUAUCGAAUUUAUCAGAAUACGAUGCCGGCUAUAGAAUAUCGUGAUGGCUUGCCUGGUCGACCUCCUGUGAACCUUCACCCCUUUCAUUUCCUCGUCACAAUGUGAUCCGUCCAAACAAAAUACCACCUCGCAGAAUAUCCAUAUGCAGCACAUCGUGAACUGCCCAUGCUUUCUAUUCCCAGACCUCACGCCUCACACUAUCUCUUGGAUCACGCAUUAGAGUCUCUGUCUUUCUGGGCGUUGCGUUUGAUAAAUCUUCAACUGAUCUAGAGCCAUGACGACCCCCCUUCUGGUCUCUGGAAAAGCUACCAACCGGAAGAUAAGACCACAUAAAAAAUCACGUCGUGGAUGUGGAAACUGUAAGUUGAGAAAAGUCAAGUGUGAUGAGGACAAACCAAAGUGUAAACGGUGUGCAGAAUUCAAUGUUCACUGCAAUUACGACAACCAAACCUCAGUACUUCAACUACUUGAGAAGUCUUUUACCUUCGAGACUCUUCAGCACAGACUCCCCUAUUUAUUAAACCAAACAAUUCCAGACCUCAUUAGUUCGCGGCUGAAAGCUCCCGGAAAGAUCGAUAUAUACGAUUUGAGCGACCAAGAACAUUUGGAGUUAUUGAAUAAGUUUCAAACGAGAACUGUUUACUCUAUAACAACGAGUAGGAAUCUUCAAAUAUAUCAAAAUGAGUUCAUCAAGCUAUCGUGUCUGCAUCCAUACCUGAUGCACGCCCUACUCACAUUUACGCUAAUGCAUGACCGACACAUCUCUAUUGAGCAAAGCAUAAGAAUGUCUUCUCGGGAAGCUUUUCAUUGGUGUCAAAGUAUAUCAUUAUUCAGCAGAAAUUUGACAUCCGGAUCAAUUAAAUCUUCAUCAGAACGCGAUGCUUUAUGGGCAACUUCCGUUCUUCUUGGUAUAAUUACAUUUUGUAAUAUUGAAGCAGCAAGUCCAGAAGAAGCUUGGCCUUUAAAACCAGCUUCAUCUCUGGAUCUGAAUUGGUUAACGAUGAGCUAUGGGAAGUCUGAAAUUUGGAAAUUGGGUCUGGACCAAAAUGCGAGCGCAUUUAAGACAUUGAUGGCACCGUCUUAUGAGACUUUGUCACAAUUCUCACACAUUCGUCUUGAGACAUUGCCCCAAGCUUUCGUCACGCUUCUGAAUCUGUAUCCCAGCUCCAACUCACAUGAUAACCCCUAUCAUCUUGCAGCAUCUUUAUUAUCAGAUAUCAUUGAUGUUGAUGAUCCUAUUACUGUAAUUUUGAAGUUUUGGACCUUUGUCAACAGUAUGCAUUCGCAGUUCAAAAGCCAACUUUUACAAAAAGACUCUCGCGCUCUCUUGUUGCAAGCUUAUUGGCUUGGAAAAGUUUGUCAAUUUCCACAUUGGUGGAUUUGGAGGCGUGUAUCACUGGAGUGCCAGGCUAUCUGCAUAUAUUUGGAGACCUUUCACAAACAUGAAUUGGAUAUUCAAACACUUCUAGCCUACCCAAAGAUGGUUUCUGGGUUGACAUCUUACUGAAUUGUUCGUCGAGGUGGCUUCACUAAUCUAUUUUUAGAGAUCCUGAGAGUCAUCCUGACUGUGUUUGUGACGCAUAGAUGUCGAUGGUCAUGUGCAACUACUUCUACUAUUAAUUAAUAUAAUUCAAUCGCCACGAUAACAUCUCUUCACCUUCACUGUCAUUUCCAUCGCGACUGUCUCUUGUCUUCGAAAACUUUUGCCAUUUCCCUGCACACAAUAUUAUUUCCAUGACAGGCACAUCCAAAGUCACUCGAUUUCGAAUUCUGUUGUUCUUCUCGAUUUACUUGCAGACUGCCAAGCAAGAAUUUAUGGAUUUUUUGUGUCUAGGGGAAACUUGCCAUCUCGAACACUCUUUUGCCCACGAUUCUGAGAUUAUAUAUCAACGAAUUAUCUUUGAUACGCAUUUCUGUGACAAUAACUACCUAAUAACGGCGAAGGACAGAACCGUAAGGAGGCAGAGUAUUCCAGAGCAUUCUUAUCGCUCAUCGAAUUCUAUUUCCCUCUAGCCAUUUUCCUUCGAUUACAUUCAAUUGUUCGUCAAUAAUUCAAAGCAGUUUCAAUCCCCCAUUCGCUUUUCAAGAUGAAGGCCGGUAUCUUUUGUCUUCGUUAAGUGUAAGGAGGUCAAGGACAAUUUCUUUCGGCAAUACCUCCGUCGUUUUUUUCUCGAGGCACCUUAUUCUCUUUCUGUCGUUUCUUUGUUCUCUCUGACGUUUUGUUCUUACCUUGUAUCCUCUUUGUUCUCUUAUUUCCCCUCUCUAUAAAGUCCUAUCCCUCGACCAAAAUUUAUAUAAUCGCCAACAUCACGCCAUCACAUCUAAAGACGCCAAAGUCCAAGCUAUCAACAAGAAUAUUCCUAUAUUCACUUUCGACUCGGCAUCUUAGCAAACCAUGUGCGCAACCAUGUGUUCCAAUCCAGGCAAAACUUCAAAGAGCUGCUACAACAAACCAGUCACUUCUAACUCAGCUCUUGUUCUUCGACAUGAAAUUAAUGGCUGGGUGUGUUGUUGUUGUGGCCUAGAUAAUGGUGGGGAUUGUGUUUGGUGUGCGGGAUGUACUCAUUACACAGUCAAUUGUGUUUCUUGCUUUUCUUAUUAAGUAACCCUCCGUGCUGGGUGCUUGAGAUGGACAAUUCAAGGGUUACAAUGACUGAUAUGUUUAGUGCAGGAUCACUACACCAUAGUCUGUCUAAUAGAAUUCCCGUUUGAAACA